UUUUCUUGUAGUUGUUUGAUUACAGCAAAGAAUCAAUAUCACAAAAAUCUGGAAUGACCACGGCCGGCGACUACAUCAACGCUCAACAGCAGUAGAAGAAGAAGCCACCCGACAAUUAUUUCGCCGCCCGUUAAAUGUUCGUCGUCACCAAUGUGACCCGGUCGGCCGCGCCAAGUGGGCGCUGUGCCAUCCAACACACGGCAGGAUCAACAACGCUGGCUCCCGUAUCGUCGGCGAUUUCCGGCCCCACUGUCCGAAGUUGUAGCAGCACCAGUGCGUUCCGGGCCCCAGGACGAGCGCCCGUACGACCAGUGGACCCUUGGCAGGCAUUCCGAGCUGCACCUCUUGGUUACCACCAGCGGCAGAGUCGUAUAGCCGUGCAAGCAGGGAACGUAUCCGCGUGUUCAUCGCGGUUUAUCUCGUCGUGGAGGACAACAUCACCAUUCAGAUAUGACCUGCAACGACCGUGGGUGGAGCAGCAGAGAGCGAAACCGCUGCAGUCACAUGGCAGCCUGAGUAGCGCUUGCUCAUAUCGCCACCCAGCAGGGCUGCUUACGCUUUUCUCGCAUCAUGGAAAAAUAAAACAGCACCAGCAGCAACGUCGACAGUCCUCCGCGAUUACCGUUGUCCCGCGUCCGACGUUUUACCAGAAGCGCGUGUAUGCUGUGCAAUGCGCGGUGCCCAUGGUCGGCUUUGGCGUCAUGGACAAUUUGAUCAUGAUCCAGGCCGGCGAUCUGAUCGACUGCACGCUGGGGGCCACCUUCGGACUUGCCACCAUCACGGCCGCCGCGCUCGGACAGAUCUGCUCGGACACCUCCGGGAUCUGCUUUGGCGGCUUCGUCGACGCUGCAUUCAAUCGCUUGGGGCUGCCCGUUUCCGACCUCACGCCCGACCAGCUGGCGCUCGACAGUGUGCGCAUCGUGCGGACGAUGGCGAUGGCGGUUGGCGUCUUGUCGGUACUUUAUUUUCAUUUUCGAUGGUCAAGGGCGACGUCAAAGGGUUGUCGUUGUUCAUCUUCAAUCGCCUUCGGUUUGCUAAAAGCGAGAAUGCAUGCAAACAAAUAUAUCGAUAUCCAUCGAUAUCCAAAUUGAAACUGCUCUAUCAGGGCUGUCUCCUCGGUAUGACUAGCCUGCUUUUCAUGGAUUUGGACAAGAAGGAGCGACUGAAACGGCAAGCAAAGCUCGCCACUAUCUUCUCCACCUUGGCGGAAGAAGGCUCUGAUUUGUGCAACGUGGAAAGGUGCUCCCUCUACAUCGUAGAGGAGGAUCAGCGGUUCGUGUGGAGCGCGGCGAGGAAAGUAUUUUUGUUUCAUCGAAGAUGCAGAUAGGACUCAAAUUGAACCAAAAAACUUUGAGUAGAAGUUGACACACAGUUUCUGUGAGGUUGACCACGUCUUUUCAAUCUCAACAUACCAGGUCCGCCACACCGUCCACGCAAAGGAGAUCAAGAAGCAGUGCGUUGCAGAUCUCACCAAAGCAGCCAUUGAAGACCACGUGUCGGUUCGCGUGUUGGCGGAUUGCCUCCGGAAGUUGAACUGGUCCGAAAGUGACAUCGCCGAGGCGCUCCCGCCCGAGCGACAGUCCUUGACCAUCGAAGAGUGCGUCACGCUGAUGGACGACCUGUCGCACCACGACGAAGAGCGCAUAGUGCUGCGCGAGGGAGGAACCAAGCAUUGGGUCGUACACAACAAGGACGUGCUCAACGUCAAAGACAUGUACUACUUACUACUUUCUUUUACCUUGUUGUUUACUUCGAUUCAUUGGAUUUUCAAUGAUCAAAAUCGCUUGCAAUGAAAAGGAGCACGAAUAAUGUAAAAUCGGAGGUCAUGUCUGUGCAUGACCAAACCGCCAACUCUGUACACCAAAACAGUGCCAGCGACAAGCGUUUCACGCACUCUGAAGUGCGCAAGGCCGCUAAGGCCGCGGGCGUGGACAGUAAGUGGACGCUGCUUGUCGGUCCGGUUUUCGAGGCGAAUGACGGAGACGAGGACACGCCCGAGCAGGAACGCAAAGUCAUCGGACUCGUAGAGAUGGUCAACCGUCGCGACGAGCAGGGCAAGGUGAUUGCCUUUUCCGAGGACGACGAAAAGCUGGUGCGCAUGCUCUGCGGUCACUGUUCCACGUUCAUUUCCCACGCGCUCGAUGAUGACUAGGGAAAGGAGCAGAUGAGUGCGUUACCUCUAAAAAUACAUCAUUGCUACUAAAAGUAGUCUACCGGAAACAAAAUUAAACCGCGCUCGUCCUCGUCGCACAGGGAACCUGGGCAAUUGGGAAAACAACUUUGGAUGCUGCUCCAAUAGCGUCUUCGGUCAACCGCACCAUUGGGGGGCUCACGGCAUCUGCCAGAUGGCUCGGCUUUUCAACAUUUCUGCGGGUCUUUUUCUAUCUUCUGAGGCAAAUAAUUUACGGUAAUUUUUUAUCCUCCGGGCGCUGCUCCUUCAGUGGAAAGCGUUCAGAAACUGCAGUAUAUUGUAGGUCAUGAGCUUGUUAUUCAGCUUGAGUGAGAAGUAAAGUUUUACCUCACGGGGGUCGUGGUCGCCAGAUAUAACUUUUUUGUUAUAGUGAAAAGAUGGAACAUCAGUGCUGCAUUCAAUUCUAGUUGUGCAACCAAAUUUUAUGAAAAAAGUUUUUAUAAUUUCGGGUGCGUGCGCGCUACGCUCGUCUUCAUUUUCCACUUCACGGUAAGAAAAUCGAUCGUGCAAAUACGACUGGCGCUCGGCCUACUAAGGAUUGGGGGGUUCAAGGACUCUCUCAGCGUGCGUACUACAGGGCAGCGGCUUCUUGUACGGGAAUUGUUGCCCUUUGCCGAGAAAACUCGCUGCGCUUUACCGCUUGUUGCCGAAAUUUUUCGAGCGUAUCGCUAUCGAAUAGGGUAGCUUGCGUCGAGCCAGAAACUACCGUGCUAAGUAAAAUUCCACUUUGUAACUUUUACUGCAAAAGUAUAAAAGUCGAGCCCUAGUGCAAGGAGACCAUGCUUGCAAAAGCAACUUUCACAACUGUUGCGCCUGUCGGAUGCGUUUAGAAUUUGGCCGCGGGCUCGUUUGCGCUUCCACUUUUACUUGCUUUUUCACCAUCUCAGCAAUAUUGUUGCCGUGGUUCAAACAAUUGACACACUGUGUACAACAUCACCCUGUGCAGGCGGUCCUACACAUCAUAUGAAAAAUAAAGAAAUAGCAACGGAAAGAAACUAAAGUAUUCGCCAACUGAGCCGGGUCCUUAGCAACACUGUGCUGCUGCGAUUCCGGUUCGCUAAAUGAGGACCGGAUGGCAUGAAAAGGACCCGUCUUAGUCACCAUGUCUUUUCAGUGCGAAGUCUAACCGCCCACAACUUGCCUCUGUGCUACAACUUUGUCUAUCAGUUUCUCAUGCUUUUGCUCUUGCUAAAAAAAUAAAUAAAAAAAUAGCAAAAAGUUUCUAUGGGAGUGCAGCUGUAGUUUCUGCAGCUGCCAAUUGUUGCUUUCUCUCCUUUCACCAUCUUGACUCUACCGUUUUUGAAAUGAAUUUAGCGCCACUUUAUACGACCUUCUUGAAACUCGGGAUAGGAUAGCGAUGCCAUUCCCAUUGCUGUCCUCUAUUGCCGCCCAUUUUUGAUAUGUACCAUGAACUUUGAAAUUUAAAAAAGCAUAGGCUAAGCUAUUGCCGACCUCUAUUUUUUUGUCAUCUGUGUAUCUCAACAUGAACGACAUAAAACAUGAUGAUCUCUAAUGAACUGGUGCUGAUGUGUUGGCGAGGUGGAGUGCUACAGAAAAGGAUUGCGCGCAGAGGUACUACUUAAGUCUCAACAUGGCAUGAUAAAAAGUAUUGCGCCCCAGAUAAAAUCAAAAUGUACAACCUGAACAAGAAUUCAAUUUUUUCUCUACAUCUACAGUAUCGGAAGACUUCACACAGGCCGCAGAUGUUGUAUACUGCUAGGCGAUGCGUUGAACUAGAAAAUAGAGAACAAUGUACAUGGUGACAAUUUGCUGCAAAGGAAAAUAACUACCUUGCCACUUUUGUUAAUACUGUUUCAGCAGCGCAGACGCCUAUAACUUCGAUGGAAUGUAUACACUCAGAGCAGCUGGACAGGAUGCGAGGAAACAGCUAUUUUACACUACUGCUUGUACAACAGUAUUAGACCACGAAUCAAACGGAAACGAGUCCCCGGCUCGAAUUGUUUAUGAAGAUGAUCGAUUGAGAGACUAACUCAGACUUGUUAAGCUUUUGCAUUGGUCUAUUGCGACACGGAAUCAGGAAAACCAUCUUGAGACUACAGGCACCUCCGGAGGUUGGCUACAGCAACUACGUUGCUGUCGAGUCAUUGCGAUGAUCGACGAUGAAAAAGCUUCGCUCAGCCGGAAGUCAAGUCGCAGGAUAUUUUGACAAGAAGUGCAACUGCAAGCACCCGCAGUGGGAGAAC